AUGGUUGUGGCUUUGGGUCCCGGAAAAUUCUACGGCAGCAGCCUGCCGAGGCCGCGGUUCUACACAGAUGUAAAGCUGAACGAUGAAAGGGUGGACCCACCGCCUUCAGUCAUGGAUCCGUUAAUGUCGUGGGCUGACGAGGCUCACUGGUCCAUGGGUGGCCUCAGCUUCAAGCGCUACCGUCUCCAGGGCCGGAUUGAGGGUAAUCCAUCGCCUUCGCCGCCUCCGGCUCCGGUGGCAAAUAAGAGGAGACGUGUUGUUGGUUUGGUGGACGAGGAAGAGGAGGGGCUCGGAUCUGGGAGAGAAAUCAAGAGAGGGGCAGUGAGGAAGUUGGGUGAUGAUUUUGAGAGGGUGGCGCGUGAGAGUGGGAUGAGAGGGAAAAAGGCAAGUCCGGCAAAAAAAGUUGCCGUCGGCGGCGGUGAGGUUUUGGCGGCAAUGACAAAGAGUAAAAAGGAGGUUAUGAAUGGGGUAAAGGCUAGGAAGGGGAAGAAGCUGGUAAAGGGUGGCAAAAGUGUUGGUGCUGCGGUGGUGGCUGCUGCCACUUCUCGGCUUAGAAGCUCGCCUCGUCUGGCGGCGCGAGGUUGA